GGCCCUCACAGCCCUGCCUUUAGCUCUGCCUCUUCACUUUUGCUUGCAUUCACCCUCGGUGGGGUUCACUCUCUCUUCCCACUCCUCUGGUGCUUUGGAACAUUGCCCCAGCCACCCCUUUCUUGAAAGCUGAUUGCCGCCACCUUCCCUCCAGGGCACACCAUGUCUCUGCCAUUUUAUCAGAAGCCCCUCCAGCACUAUGACCUCAGCUACCGCAACAGGGACCUGCGCUCCACCAUGAGCCAGUACCAGCAGGAGAAGAAGCGCUCAGCCAUCUACACGCACGGCUCCGCGGCCUACAGCAGCCGCUCGUCGGCAGCGCACCGCCAGGAGUCGGAGGCCCUCAGCCAGGCGGCCCUCUCCUCUUUUCAGCAGCAGCAGCAGGCCUACAGUCUCGGAAUGUCACAGUACUCCCUCGGGUCUGAAGUCACCCGCAAGGCAGCCUCGGCCUACGAUUAUGGCUUCUCCCAUGGACUCACCAAUUCCAGUUUGCUGCUGUCAGAAGAUUAUUCGUCCACAUUGAGCCCCAAGACAAAGAGAGCCAAGCAGAGUCUUCUGUCUAGAGAGGAGAAGGAAAACAUGCCUGGAGACUACAUGGUGCCCAUCUUCUCUGGACGUCAAAUGCAUGUCAGUGGAAUCACAGACACAGAAGAGGAAAGAAUUAAAGAGGCCGCUGCUUACAUAGCCCAGAGGAACCUGCUUGCUAGUGAGGAAGGAAUCACGGCCUCCAAACAGUCUGCAGCCUCCAGGCACUCCACAGUCUCCAAACAGGCCACAGCCACCCUUCAUCAGGAGGAAACUUUGGAAAAGAAGUCAAGGAAAGUUGCAAUUCGAGAAAAAGCAGAACAGCUGUCAUUGAGGAAAACACUGGAAGAAACCCAAGCAUAUCAUGGCAAGCUGAAUGAAGACCAUCUUCUUCAUGCUCCAGAGUUCAUCAUUAAACCUCGUUCACACACAGUUUGGGAGAAGGAGAACGUAAUUCUGCACUGCUCUGUCGCAGGCUGGCCAGAGCCUCGCCUCACGUGGUAUAAAAACCAGGUACCAAUAAAUAUCCAUGAAAACUCUGGAAAGUACAUAAUUGGAAGUAGAUAUGGAAUGCACACGCUGGAGAUUACCACAUGUGACUUUGAAGACACAGCUCAGUACCGGGCCUCGGCCAUGAACGUUAAAGGAGAGGUCUCAGCAUAUGCGUCAGUUGUGGUAAAGAGAUAUAAGGGAGAAUUUGAUGACGUUCACUUCCAUGCAAGGGCUUCCACCAUGCCCCUCAGCUUUGCUGUGACCCCUUAUGGUUAUGCAUCCAAGUUUGAGAUCCACUUUGAUGACAAGUUUGAUGUGUCCUUUGGGAGAGAAGGAGAGACAAUGAGCCUGGGCUGUCGUGUGGUGGUCACUCCUGAGAUUAAACAUUUCCAGCCUGAGGUGCAGUGGUACAGAAAUGGAGCUCCCAUUUCUCCAUCAAAAUGGGUGCAAGCUCUGUGGAGUGGAGAUCGAGCAACACUGACGUUUUCCCAUCUCAACAAAGAAGACGAAGGCCUCUACACAAUCCGUGUACGAAUGGGAGAAUACUACGAACAAUACAGUGCUUAUGUCUUUGUGCGAGAUGCUGACGCUGAGAUUGAAGGAGCCCCCGCCGCCCCCUUGGAUGUGGCGGCGCUGGAUGCCAACAAGGAUUACAUCAUCAUCUCCUGGAAGCAGCCAGCAGUGGACGGAGGGAGCCCAAUCCUGGGCUAUUUUAUCGAUAAGUGUGAAGUGGGCACAGACAGCUGGUCUCAAUGCAAUGACACGCCUGUGAAGUUCGCUCGGUUUCCAGUCACCGGCCUGAUAGAAGGUCGUUCCUACAUCUUCCGGGUUAGAGCGGUGAAUAAUACUGGAGUAAGCUUGCCAUCUCGAGUUUCUGAGCCCGUGGCUGCCCUGGAUCCUGCUGAGAAAGCAAGACUUAAAGCUCGCCCUUCAGCACCCUGGACUGGACAGAUCAUCGUCACUGAAGAGGAACCAACAGAGGGCAUUGUUCCUGGUCCACCCACAGACCUCUCUGUCACUGAAGCCACCCGUAGCUAUGUGGUGCUAAGCUGGAAACCCCCUGGCCAGCGAGGCCACGAGGGCAUUAUGUACUUUGUGGAAAAGUGUGACGCGGGAACAGAAAACUGGCAGCGCGUGAACACGGAGCUCCCCGUGAAGUCUCCACGCUUUGCCCUGUUUGACUUGGCAGAGGGGAAAUCCUACCGCUUCCGGGUCCGUUGUUCAAAUUCAGCAGGAGUCGGUGAGCCCUCGGAGGCAACGGAAGUGACCGUGGUUGGGGACAAACUUGAUAUCCCCAAGGCUCCUGGCAAAAUCAUCCCAAGUAGAAACACAGAUACCUCAGUGGUGGUUUCCUGGGAGGAGUCCAAAGAUGCCAAAGAGCUGGUCGGGUACUACAUCGAGGCAAGCGUUGUUGGCUCUGGCAAGUGGGAGCCAUGCAACAACAACCCCGUGAAGGGCUCACGGUUUACUUGUCACGGAUUAGUAACUGGCCAGAGUUACAUUUUCCGGGUCCGAGCAGUGAACGCGGCCGGCCUUAGUGACUAUUCCCAGGACUCAGAAGCUAUUGAAGUCAAAGCUGCCAUUGGGGGUGCAGUGUCUCCAGACGUGUGGCCUCAACUGAGUGAUGCUCCUGGUGGACUAACAGACUCCAGGGGGGGCGUGCAUGGAGCCUCCCCGCCAACCUUUCAGAAUGCUGCUUUGCUCAGUAGCAAACCUAACAACCUUUCACCACCCAGUAGCCCUCCCAGCGGGGGCCAAACAGAAGUGAGUACAGUAACAGAAGUGAGUGCAGUAAGCCAGUCAGUUCAGGAAGAGCCCUCCCCGCCAUCCCAGAAGGCUGCUCCCAAAGAGCAAAGCAAACCCGACCCCCCGAGAAAGAAGAACGAGCCAGUAGCGGCACCAUCUCCACCCCAUGACAUCACUUGUAUUGAAAGUUUUCGUGACUCAAUGGUUCUUGGAUGGCAGCAACCGGAUAAGACGGGAGGGGCUGAGAUUACUGGCUAUUACGUGAACUAUCGUGAGGUCAUUGGUGGGGUGCCAGGAAAAUGGAGAGAAGCCAACGUCAAGGCUGUCAGCGAAGCAGCGUACAAGAUCAGCAACUUGAAGGAGAACAUGGUAUACCAGUUCCAAGUGGCAGCCAUGAACAUCGCAGGGUUGGGAGCGCCCUCCGCAGUAAGCGAAUGCUUCAAGUGCGAGGAGUGGACCAUUGCCAUCCCAGGACCACCACAUAGUCUGAAGUACAGUGAAGUCCGGAAGAAUUCCCUGGUUCUCCAGUGGAAACCCCCACUCCACUCAGGCCGGACUCCGGUCACCGGUUACUUUGUGGACAUGAAGGAGGCCAGUGCCAAAGAUGACCAAUGGCGAGGACUCAACAAGGCGGCCAUCACAAACACGUACCUGAAGGUGCGAGGCCUCCAAGAGGGUGACAGCUACGUGUUCCGUGUCCGCGCCAUCAACCAGGUGGGUGUUGGCAAGCCCUCUGAGCUCGCCGGCCCUGUCGUGGCAGAAACUCGCCCAGGAACCAAAGAGGUUGUUGUCAACGUGGAUGAUGAUGGAGUCAUUUCAUUGAACUUUGAAUGUGAUCAAAUGACCCCAAAGUCAGAAUUCAUCUGGUCCAAAGAUUACGUGCCUACCGAGGACUCUGCGCGAGUAGAAGUCGAAAGCAAAGGCAAUAAGACAAAAAUGACCUUCAAAGACCUCGGGACGGAGGACUUGGGCAUUUACUCUUGUGACGUAACAGAUACUGACGGAAUAGCAUCAAGCUACGUGAUAGAUGCAGAAGAAAUGAAACGUUUACUCGCACUCAGCCAGGAGCACAAGUUCCCAACUGUCCCAAUUAAAUCAGAGUUGGCUGUUGAAAUUUUGGAGAAAGGCCAGGUCCGGUUUUGGAUGCAGGUGGAGAAGCUGUCUGGAAAUGCCAAAGUCAACUACAUAUUUAAUGAAAAGGAAAUUUUUGAAGGCCCAAAAUACAAGAUGCAUCUUGACCGAAACACAGGCAUAAUUGAGAUGUUCAUGGAGAAGUUACAGGACGAGGAUGAGGGAACGUACACUUUCCAGAUUCAGGAUGGAAAAGCGAACGGCCAUUCUACGCUUGUGCUCAUCGGAGAUGUUUAUAAGAAACUCCAGAAAGAAGCUGAAUUCCAGAGGCAAGAAUGGAUCAGGAAACAAGGCCCACAUUUUGCUGAAUAUUUGAGCUGGGAAGUGACUGGUGAAUGUAAUGUGCUGCUGAAAUGCAAGGUGGCCAACAUUAAGAAGGAGACUCAUAUCGUGUGGUACAAAGACGAAAGGGAGAUCUCAGUAGACGAGAAACAUGACUUUAAGGAUGGCAUCUGCACCCUGCUCAUCACAGAAUUUUCCAAGAAAGAUGCUGGAUUCUAUGAGGUGAUCCUGAAAGAUGACCGAGGAAAAGAUAAGAGCCGGCUGAAGCUCGUGGAUGAAGCCUUCAAAGAACUCAUGACUGAAGUAUGCAGGAAAAUCGCCUUGUCUGCCACAGAUCUGAAAAUCCAGAGCACAGCUGAGGGCAUCCGGCUGUAUUCUUUUGUGACUUACUACCUAGAUGAUCUGAAAGUUAACUGGUCCCACAAUGGGACUGGUAUUAAGUACACAGACAGAGUUAAGAGCGGGGUCACCGGGGAGCAGAUCUGGCUACAAAUCAACGAACCCACUCCGAAUGACAAAGGGAAAUACGUCAUGGAGCUGUUUGACGGCCAGACUGGACACCAAAAGACAGUGGAUCUUUCUGGACAAGCAUACGAUGAGGCCUUUGCGGAAUUCCAGAGAUUAAAACAAGCUGCCAUUGCGGAGAAAAAUCGUGCCCGGGUGGUGGGCGGUCUCCCAGAUGUUGUCACCAUCCAGGAGGGCAAGGCGCUUAACCUCACGUGCAACGUGUGGGGUGACCCGACCCCGGAGGUGUCCUGGCUAAAGAACGAGAAGGCCCUGGACUCCGACGACCACUGCAGCCUCAAGUUCGAGGCCGGGAAGAUUGCGUACUUCACCAUCAUGGGCGUGAGCGCUGCAGAUUCGGGCAAGUACGGGCUGGUGGUGAAGAACAAAUACGGCUCCGAGACCAGCGACUUCACCGUCAGCGUGUUCAUCCCCGAGGAGGAGGCCCGGAAGGGCGCAGCGGAGCCCCAGAAGGGCAACCACAAGUCCAAGUGAGCCGAGAGCGCCCCGAGCUGCGGGGAGACCCCAAGAGCAGCUGAACCGAAGCCUGUCUAUCUAUAUAUAUAUGCAGCACGAACCAGGGACACUUUGUUUUUCUUUAUCUACAGUUCAUAGACUACAAAUGUUAGGAAAUGGUUUCAAGGAAAGGGCCAGAAAAGUGUUGGUGGGAUGUUGGAUGAUGGUCAGAGAGCAGAAGAACGUGUUGUGGGACAAGAGUCUGGAGUGGGUGAGGUCUUACCAGGAAAGCCUCCUGUACCGUGUCUGCAUUUGGCCUCCUAUCUAAAUGGAGACGAGCUGUGAAGGCCACCUGCGUGGUGACCAUAGUGACGUGCGUUUCUGGUGGCAGUCUGGCGAUGUGGCACCUCUCUUGUGUGAAUAAACAGUCUCCCAUGCUUCCUCUUC